AUGGCGGACUCGCUGGACCGGUCCCUCGAGUGCGAGGUGUGCUGCGAGCAGUUCGACCUGGCGACGCGGCGGCCGAAGCUUCUGUCCUGCGGCCACACGGUCUGCUUGAAGUGCGUGGUGGGCAUCCGGGACAAGGCGCAGGACGCGCGCAGCGACGCCGAGACGGCCUUCCUCUGCCCCAUCGACCGGAAGGAAACGCGAUGCAAACCAGAGGAGCUCAACGACAACUACUACAUCAUGUCUCUGAUCCAGGAACCUCCUAAACCCGAAAAGGCGAGGGGCGCUGGUGGCGGAAGCACUGCCAGGUUCUGGUGCCUGGACUGCAAGGCGGUGGCGGACCCCGUCUGCGAAGACAAACACGCCCUCCGCCGGCUGCACCAAGAGCGGGCCAAACAGAUGAAGCCCACCUUGGACCUGCUGGAGCGCGCCGUCAGCACGCAGCGCCGCCUGGCGGAGAAGCUGAAGGUCGUGGAGGCCGGCGUCAGGGACUUCGCGCAGCUGCAGACUGUAAAAACUCCUUCCAUGGAGUUUAAGAAAUGCAAACCGGAGACACUAUUGCUUGUGGUGGCGUACACUUCCCGACACUGA